UCAGCUUAACAUUCUCACAUCCGAACUUCGCAACGUCUCCCUGCACAAGCUCAGUAUCCACAUCGAUCUGAAGACGGUCGCUAUUCAAGAUCGCAAGAUUAUAGAAAGUGCUAACACUGCGGUCAAGAACAUGGAGGAACGCAGUAAACGAAUGGACAUGUACCUAAGAUCGGUAGAAGGAGUUACACAAGGAGAUUCUGACGAUAGCCCCGGAGAGGGUGCUUGGGGAAGUUUGGGUGGCGAGUCUCACAUCAGGUUACCGGUACUUGUCCGGUGCAUGGAUGAUUUAGCCUCUCUGCUGUCGGUCUUGACGGAGAAUCGGUGGAUCAUUGGAGCUGACCUCGAUCACAUACCGAUUCAAGCUCGCGAGCUCGUGCCAAAUUUGAAGUAUUAUGCGGAAGAUCUGAAGGCUUUUCAUGGAGACAUCUUCGGUGUCAACGACGUACCAUACCUCAUCGAAACCACCUCACGGUUAAGUGCCCUUCUCGAGACAAUCACCAGAGAUCUCGCAUCAGCAGCCGAAGCCGUCUCUGCGAGCAAGAAAGGAAUGGAAACCGUACAGCUCAACCGCUUUGCUGGGGCCUCUUUCUUCUCCUCCGUUACCGCCACUGUGAUCCAGUUUUCCUUCCAGCAAACCGAAGGAUUGCAAUGGAAAGUCGUCAACUUAUUUUGGAUCAUGUCGCUAGCAUUGAGUAUCGGCGCGGCGGCUGCUGCGUUUGCGGGCACUGUUAGAAGAGAUGCCAGGUAUCACGGUAUAGCGCUGUCACUCGUGCAUUUCUGGGGCGAACAGCCACCUGUGCUCACGUAUUGGUCCGUCGUAUGCUUCGUCGUCGGGCUUGUGACGUUUGCAUGGGCCUCUGGGCAGUCACUCGCCCUCAAGCUCAUCCUUUCGAUUUUCGCCUGCGUCUGGGGGACAGGCAUUCUGGGCGUCAUGGCUAUCAUCAUCCAUUGGAACUACGCCACGCGUGCUGGACCUGCCAUUCGAGAUUUCAUGUCGCACUUCAUCCUCAGGAGCAUUCGCUCGUCGCAUCCGGAGGAAGACAAUAAAUUAGAGCUCGAGUCGAACUUAUCUUUGCCGGGAAGCCUGAGAGCAUGAAUCAGAGCGGCAAGGAUACAUAGUAGCAGACGUCAGCUUAUCUUCAGGGUAUCAUUUGAACCGGACCAGAGACUCGGACAACUAUGGGGCAUACAAAACAUCAUGACUGUAUUAUAUAUGUCGGGCCCGACAUCUUGUAUCACUUGCAGUACCU